AGAAAAAGCUCUCCAGUGUCGCGAUCCGUCACCUCGCCACCUCCUUCCCGUCGUAUCCAGCAUCUUUUGAACGCUCACCACCUGUGUAUUUUCUACACCAUCGUCUCUCCAUUCAACUCAAACUGAUUUUAUCCCAAAUUGUGCCAUGAACGAGUCGCUACUCGCCGCCAACGAUGAUCAUCUCGCGCACGCGGAAGAGGAGGACGAAUUGCUCUGGAAUGAACUCAAGGACGAUCACCGUGCGCCCCCUUUUGGCGGAACAAGUCGGCCAGAUUCGGCUCAAAGCGGCCAUGGGGGCAGCUCAUCCCCGGGGGCUCCACAGCUUCCAUCACUGCGAGUCAACGUGCACCUUCCCGCCAUCUCGACACUGUUCCGUGAGGUGCUGGACACGGCUAAGGCGGCGCUUCCUGGGGCUCAACGUCGAUCCAACGGACAGGGUGGGGCCCCAGGUCACGGUCGUGUAUCGCCCGUUCCCGACCGCUAUGGAAACGUGGCCAAUCUGGACGCAUUCCUCAUCACUCUAUACAACUACUACUACCACAAGGGCUUCUGGAGCAUUGUGGUGGUGGAGCUGGUGAGUCUAGUAACUGGACUGUUCAGCGUUGUGCUUUCGAGCUUUCUUCUCGGCUGUGUGCAAUGGGGGCCGCUGCUAGAGUGCCACAGACACCCCGAGAGUGGAGGCUGUGCACAGGAAAUGGAGAAAUACAUCACGUGCAGAGCAGAUAAUAACGGACUCUUGGGGCUCAUUGGGGCCUUCUACUUUGCCAUGUUCUUGGUGUACUGGGUCUCAAGAGCUUUCCAGCUAGUAGGGACACUGAGAGACACUCGAGCGAUGGAGGUUUUCUACAAGGAACGACUCCAUAUUGACGAACGACAAGUGCAGACCAUAGCGUGGGACGAAGUGGUGACGAGAGUACUGGAUCUAGUGAAUGGGGCCAACGCUCCGGUGAACAUGCGCCAGCUCUCGUCCUACAAGCUCCAGAUUGACCCAGCGCUGCUCUCGUCGCCUCACGACUUUGCUCGACGCAUCAUGCGACGUGAUAAUUACCUCAUUGCCUUCAUGAACCACUCGCUGUUUCAAAGCAAGAAUUUGCUGCCAACCUCCUUACAAUUCCUAUCUACGUCGCACAUUAUGUGCUCAAGGAACAUGGAGGCCAAUCUGAAUAUCUGCCUGCUGGAUCAAAUGUUCGACGCCGAGUUGAAUCUCGCUCCGUCUGUGAUUCACAACGUGGAGAUGCUCAAGAAACGCUUCGUGAUCGCAGGAGUGCUCAACUUUGUGCUCGCGCCCUUUAUUCUGCUGUAUCGACUGUCGCGUUUCUUCUUUUUAGCGGCGCAGGAGUGGCAAACGAACCACGUGUACUACUUCGGCACGCGUCGUUGGUCAGCGUAUGCGAUUUGGCGGUUCCGAGAGUACAACGAGCUUCCUCAUGUUCUCGAUGCACGGAUGGCGCGCUCGUACUCGCUGGCGGACCGUUACCUGGGCAUGUUUCCAGCUGGGGCGCUUGCAAUUAUCGCUGGAGGAGUUUCCUUCUGUGCGAGCUCGUUGAUGGCUGUUCUACUGCUCGUGAGUCUGUUGGAGGAGUCGGUCCUGCUGCAAACUACGCUGUUCGGCCAUGAAUUGCUGUGGUAUCUGACCAUAUCGACGGGUGUGUUCGCGUUAUCGCGAUCGUUUACGACGUCUGCGUCUCCGUUCUUGGUCAACGGAGAUUGUGAAGAAACGAUGAUGCAGGUAUCGGCGGAGACGCACUACUUUCCUAAGGAAUGGCGGGGUCAGUGUCACUCGUUCGAGGUGCGAGACGCAUUCACGGUACUCUUCCCUUACAAGGCUGUGCUCUUCGCGGAGGAGUGCGUGUCGGUCUUGUUGGCGCCGUAUAUCUUGUGUAUCUCGCUUCCUCGACUUGCUCGCGAGAUUUUGCUGUUCCUGCGCUCCCAUUCGCUCGUGCAUCCUAGUACUGGAGCUGUGUGCCGAUUCGCAGAGUUCGACUUCAAGGAGUACGGCAACGACGCCAAGAUGGAGAGCUCGUUCAUUAAUUUCAAGCAGAACCACCCGAAGUGGGUCGGUGCUCGUGAAGGAGAGGUACUUAUGCAGCGUCUGGGCAAGCUGAAGGAGGAGGAGAUGGAGAAGUCGAUGCGGAUGGGCGACACCAUGAUGUACAGCAGCCACAUGUCGAUGUCGCAGCAGCUUAUGCAGUCUCAAGCCAUCCAGAACGCAAUGGGAGGUGGGCGGAUGAGCGGAUACAUGCCUCAAGACAACGAGUUCUACUGGCUGGAGAAGCUCCAUCAGCAAGGCCGACUGGGCGAACUGGACCUGGAAGGCAUGAAAGGCAACCCCGCUGACAGUAUUUCCAUCUCGAGUCUUGGCUCUCCGUGA